AUGGCUCCCAAGUUCCUCCGCACUGUUUUCGCCGCUCUGGUGCUUGUUGCCUCAACCACCGCUGAGAUCUCGGAGUCGGGCAAGACAGUUAUUGUCAAUGGCAUUGCCUACUAUGCUGCUCCUGAGGCCGUAUCCAUUAUUGAUGCUACUCCGGAUAUGCUGAAGCAUGCAUCGACAACUGGAGUUGACCUGAUCCCACUGACGGUCUUUGCGGAUUCAUCCAGAUCCUUCACCACUGAAGUUUUCAGAUCUCUCGUCGCAAACUACACCGCCACUGACGAUGUGUUCAAUACCGGGUUUCUGCAAGCGAUCUACCUCAAGCAUGUCGGCUCCUCCCCGGCAACAGUGAAGUACCCCCUCGGUGCAGCCCUCACUCAAUACGGUACAAAGCUUUUCAUGCCGGCUCGCGCGUAUACCUCCUCGGUCAAAAGCCAAGGGCAAACCUUCACUGGAUGGCGUACCGAAAUUCCUGCAGGACCAUACUUCAUGUCCCCACGAACUGGAAACGUCUACCAAGCAUAUAGACUCUACUCGGACGAACAAGGUGCUUUCACCGAAGGGUUGAAGCCGAACGCCGAUGGAAGUUACUCCGUGCUGAGUGCCGCAGUUCCAGGAGAUCACUCACCGACGAUUGGCGUCCCUUCCAGGCUAUACUACACCAAAACGGCAGAUAAGCCUCUUGCAGGAGUUAGACUUGGAGUGAAAGAUAUCUACGACAUCAAGGGCGUCAAAACCGGUAAUGGAAACAGAGCAUACUACGAUCUCUACCCACCGCGCGCAGCCACGUGCCCUGCAGUCCAGCGCCUAAUCGACGCUGGCGCUGUGAUCAUUGGUAAAAUGAAGACGUCCCAAUUCGCAAACGGCGAAAGUCCCACUGCCGAUUGGGUUGACUAUCAUUGUCCCUUCAACGCUCGCGGAGACGGAUAUCAAGACCCCUCCUCUUCUUCCUCCGGCCCAGGAGCAGGAAUCGGUGCUUAUUCAUGGCUCGACAUCGGGUUGGGUUCCGACACAGGUGGUUCCAUCCGGGGUCCAUCAGGGUCGAACGGAUGCUACGGAAACCGUCCCUCCCACGGUCUCGUCACCCUCGACGGGGUGAUGCCGCUUUCCCCUGCCCUUGAUACCGCCGGAUUCCUCACACGUGAUCCAAUCCUCUGGCACGCAGCUUCAAAAGCUCUCUAUGGCACAAACAUCACAUCUGACUUCCCCUCGCUGCCAAAGAAGAUCCUUACUUCUGGAUUUCCCACCACGGCACGAACAGAAGCUCAAACCAUUCUCUUAGACUUCCUCUCCAAACUCCAGGAUUUCUUGAAAGCCCCCGCCCCAACAGCAAUUGUUCCCGCCACGCUCUGGGCCGCUUCCCCACCAGCAGAGGCAGGCAAUGCCUCACUCUCCAAUCUCUUAAACCUUGCGUACCCAACAGUCAUCUCACAACAACAAUACAAUCUGCUUACUCUCCCAUUCUACGCCGAUUACGCAGCGGCCCACAACGGCAAACGACCAUUUGUCAACCCAACACCAUUGAUUAGAUGGGCGUUUGGGCAGGUUAAUAUGACUGCUGAUGCAACGGAGAGCGCUUUGAGGAAUGCUACCAUUUUCAGGACGUGGUGGGAGAAGGAAGUCAUUGUGCCAAGUAAGGAAAGUUGCAGCGAGAGUAUUUUGGUUUACACUCAGUCCAGUGGAAACCCCAGUUACAGAAAUAUUUACGGAGGUCAACCAGGAAUUCCAACAGGAAUUAGUGUUGGAAGACUAUCUGGCUUCGCCGAGGAGCCGGACAUGGUAUUCCCUAUUGGACAAGCCUCAUACAACUCUACUAUUACUCUCCAAGAAGAAGUGCUACCUGUUGCUGUUAGUAUCGUCGCGGCAAAGGGAUGCGAUGGCAUGAUCUUCACCUUGGCAGAGAAGCUUUUAGCAGCUGGCAUCUUGAAAAUCCCAAAGACUGGAAGUGUAACAUUUUAA